GAACGCAUAAAGUGAAAAGGCUCCUCCCAGUCAAGACACCGCCAUAAAGAUGUGACAAUAUUUAAGAAUAGGUCAUCCCAUGCUCUCUCUUGAGAACAGUGUCCGUGAGAUCGAUUUCAUUACUUUUCAGAGACGCUCACAUGGUUAGAGAGAUGAAUUUAGAGGGGGACUGCGGCCUGUCAGUGAUUUGUGGCAAUGGGAAACUUAGACAGUGGCUGAUCGAUCAGAUUGACAGCUGCAUCUAUCCCGGACUGGUUUGGGAGAAUGAAGAGAAAAGCAUUUUCAGGAUUCCGUGGAAACAUGCGGGCAAACAGGAUUACAAUCGUGACGAGGAUGCUGCGCUCUUCAAGGCCUGGGCAUUGUUCAAAGGGAAACAUAGGGAAGGAGUGGACAAACCAGACCCCCCUACAUGGAAGACCAGACUGCGAUGUGCUCUGAACAAAAGCAAUGACUUUGAUGAGCUGGUGGAGCGAAGCCAACUGGACAUAUCCGAUCCUUUCAAAGUCUACAGAAUCAUACCGGAGGGAGCUAAGAGAGGGAUCAAGAUGGCAGAGACAAUGUCCCACAUGAGAUCAGUCAACAGCUACCCUAUGCACUCUCUAUACCCAUCUCUACAGAGCCAGGUGUCUGGCGGAUUCAUGAUUCCUCAGGAGAGGAAGGAGUGGAGGGAGUACAGCCACGCACUGGACCAGCCUCAGCCUCACCAGCCACCCCACAUUGAGCUGCAGUACAACCAGUGCCACUACCCACAGCCACUCAGCCGACCCUGGCACACUGGGCCACACACAGAUAACGGUUAUCAGUUCACUGGCUCCUUCUGUUCCUACUCUUCCUCAGAGUCUCACCCCACAGCAUUUAAAAUGGACCACAACAUGUCUACCCUUUCUGACUUCCGACUGCACGUAUCCCUGUUCUACCGUGAGUCUCUGGUCAAGAAGGUAACCACCUCUAGUCCUGAAGGCUGCCGGAUCACUUCUUCCUCCUCAUCUUCCUCUCCGUCCUCCCCCUCCCCCGAGGACAGGCUGUACAGUGGUGCAGAGACGGUGCAGUUCCCCUCCCCUUACCCCCAGUCUCAGAGGAGAGGGGCAGAGAAGCUACCCAACGUCCUGGAGAGGGGCGUGCUCCUGUGGAUGACGUUAGAUGGGCUCUAUGCCAAGCGGCUGUGCCAGAGCCGAGUGUACUGGGAAGGCCCGCUGGCACCCUACACGGACAAACCCAAUAAAUUGGAGAAAGAACAGACCUGCAAGCUGUUUGACACCCAGCAGUUCCUCACUGAGCUGCAGGGGUAUGCCCACCAUGGCCGUCCCAUACCCAGGCACCAGGUGGUGCUGUGUUUCGGAGACGAGUACCCGGACCCCCAGCGCCAGGCCAAGAUGAUCACAGCACAGGUGGAGCCCAUGUUUGCCAGGGGCAUGUUAUACUUCAGCCAGCAGAGCAACAGUCACUGCCUGAGUGACUAUGAGCUCCAGGGACACACAGAGAUCUCCCUUCCGGCUCCAGGAGUCUACCAGAGGACCCUUCAACAGAGCUCCCCUCUAGCUCCAGGAGACUACCAGAGGACCCUGCAACAGAGCUCCCCUCUAGCUCCAGGAGACUACCAGAGGACCCUUCAACAGAGCUCCCCUCUAGCUCCAGGAGACUACCAGAGGACCCUUCAACAGAGCUCCCCUCUAGCUCCAGGAGACUACCAGAGGACCCUUCAACAGAGCUCCCCUCUAGCUCCAGGAGACUACCAGAGGACCCUUCAACACAUGCAGGAGUAACACACAAACAGGCCCCAGGAGCCAUGGACAUGAAUGUAGAUAGACCAAUGAGCUUUACAUCGCUUCUCCUGAAUAGUGUACAGUAUACUCAGGUCUUGGACUAAAAUACCUUACUGUAAUUUCAACGUAAGACUGGACUGUGCCUCCAUCGUCAGUGUCAGCAGUUUGACCCAAUGAUCAAUGUUAAAAAUGGGGGCGCUGAAAGAAUCUACCCUAGUUUGUACAGCCUUACAAUUAUUUUUGUAAUCAACCAUUUUUUUUGCUGUUCUAUUAAAUGAUAUGAAAAAGUGAA